AUGGUCUUUCGUAUUCGUUGGAAAUGGUAUUUCUUCCGGAUUUCAGAAAUUGUAUAAAAGCCUUGCACGUCAACUUUAUAUCUCGGCACCCAACACCCUCCCAUAGGCACCUCACUCCGAACAGCCCUAUUUCCCACCUAAGCCUUACAUCAUAUCAAUACCGCCAACAUGUCCAUGUCCGUGGAAGAAUGUCAAACGCCACGCGCUGGCUUUCCCAAGCCAGUGCCUGAUACGCCCACCAAUGUGAUGCAACAAUUCAGCAUGAAGGGCAAGACCAUUGUCGUCAAUGGAGCUGCCGAGGGCAUUGGCGGUGCCGUCGCAGAUGCUAUGGCCGAAGCAGGAGGCAACGUAGCCCUGUGGUACAAUUCCAAUAGCAAGGCGGUUGAGCGUGCCGAGAACCUAGCAAAAGAGCAUGGUGUCAAGACAAAAGCGUACAGCGUCGACCAGACGGAUGCUGCUGCCGUAGAAAAAGCUGUCAAGCAGGUUGUCGAGGACUUUGGCCGCAUCGACUGCUUCGUAGCAAACGCCGGCACAGGAGAUAGCAAGCCUCUUCUCAACCAAACACUAGAGUCUUACCACAACCUCAUGCGUGUUAACGUCGACGGACCAGUCUACUGCGCCAAAUACGCCGGCGAGGUGUUCAAGAAGCAAGGAUUCGGCAACCUGAUCCUCACAUCGAGUAUCUCGGCCCACAUUGUCAACGUACCAGUGGACCAGCCAAUCUACAAUGGCACAAAAGCUUUCGUGUCACAUCUGGGAAAGUCGCUGGCACGCGAGUGGAGGGAGUUUGCACGGGUAAAUGUGGUGAGCCCAGGAUUCUUUGACACCAAGAUGGGUGCGGGGCCACUGGUUAUCAAUGAGGGUCUGCGUAUGAUUCCCCUUGGACGACAGGGCAAUGUCAAGGAGAUUAAGGGACUGUUUUUGUAUCUGGCCAGUGAUGCGUCGAGUUACAUGACGGGAAGCGAUUGUAUCAUUGAUGGUGGAUAUGUGCUGCCAUAAGGCAGGGGUACGAGAUAUGAGGAUUCAGAGAUGAAUUUAUGAGUUGAUGAAUUGAAAUUUUGCUCUUUGGU